AUUGAGGUAAUGUUGAUUUAGUGCUGCAGUGUUGAUUUAGUGUUGCUAUAGGGCUGUAGUAUUGAUGUAGUGUUAAUUUAGUGUUGAUGUAAUGCUAUAGUGUUUAUUUAGUGUUGAUUUGGUGUUGAUUUAGUGUUACUGUAGUGCUGUAGUAUUGAUUUAAUGUUGAAUUGGUGUUGCUGUAGCGUAGAUUUAGUGUUAAUUUAAUGUUGCAGUAUUGCUUUAGUGUUGUUUUGAUGUUUAUUUAAUGCUGUAGUGUUGAUUUAGUGUUGCUGUAGUGCUGUAGUGUUGACCCCGCUACACUAGGGGAAGUGUAAGCGGCUGCUAUAGCCUUAUUUUCCCGGCGUUGCGAUGGGAAGAAUGGGAGGGAGACUGGCCACCAGUUUUUCGCGUCAGGAGAACAGCAUGUAAUAUUUCUCGGGUAGUUUUGGUCACAAAGGCUGGUUUUACUCGCUUAUUUACUCCAGAAAUGCUCUCUUCGAACAAGAUGGACUUACCCGGGGACGGCGGGCAGCUGCUGUCGGAUUGCCAAGAUGUGGAGACCCUGGUACAGGAGGAGUUCCACAAACAAAUAUUUGGGGAGAAUGCUGCACUUGGAUUGACCCAAACUUCAGUGAGCAAUACGGAUCUUUGGGACAGUCUCUGGAAACCCAUUGAUCAAAGCUCGCAACCAGCUGCCAAUCCAGUUCUAUUUCCAGUGGCUAAUCCAGUUGUUGCUUCAGUUGAUGAUGCAUUCAUUCAUCCAGAGGUUAAUCCUAUUGGUAAACCAAUUGAGAUUCCAGAUGUUGACCCUGUUGUCAAUCCGAUGGUUAAUCCAGUCUUUUGCUUGGCUUGUGACACCAUGUUCAUCAGUAGGCAGUUUCUUGAGAACCACAUCUGCCCUUUUGUCAAUUUCAUAUGUUCAUGUGGUAUUAGUUUCACCAAGUAUCCUGAAAUGUGGUCCCACAGUACGUCGCACAACCAUAAAGCGACGUAUGUAAUAAACCACAAAAGCGCGAUCCAGAGCAGAAUCACCUCUGUUAAGGAGCAGGAGUGGAAGUUAAAGGUUUUAGAGCAGACAGCAAAGAAGGUUGGCAUUGCUCAGAACGUUGCUCCAGUAAAUCCAGCACAGCCUCCCCCAGCCAGGUACAUAGCUGGAAAAACUAUAAACCUCUGGAAGAAAUUCAGACCUGUGGUGAAGGUGCGAACAAAUGAGAGGUUUGGAAACAACAAGAACUACAGGUGUGCAGUUUGCCGUCUUGAGACGUGCACGCGGGACGUGCUCAUCCAGCACGUCAAUGCUGUUCACAACAGCGCCUGCAUAUACGGAUGCAGUCGCUGUGGCAUGCUUCUGAUCGGCCGGGUGCCUCCCAAAGUUCUCCACAGGUGUGGCCCAGUACAUAUUACUCCGCGUGAAAGGUACACCUUUGGUCAGUUGCUGAGAGACCCUUUAUCAUCUGAAAGCCUCUAUAUGCCUUAUGCUUGUCAGUUCUGCUCUUUGAGAUUUGGCCAUCAGGUGCAUCUCAGCAACCACCUCCGAUUCAACCACAGCAAUGUGACCAAAGCACCACAACCUCCAAAAAUCACUGCGCUGCCAAGCAUCAAAAAAGGAGUGCAACGGCCUGCCAUAGCUCGGCCUGCCAUAGCUCGGCCUGCCAUAGCUCGGCCUGCCAUAGCUCGGCCUGCCAUAGCUCGGCCUGCCAUAGCUCGGCCUGCCAUAGCUCGCCCUAAUGUGGCUCGGCCUUCUAUAGCUCGGCCUGCUAUAGCUCGUCCUAAUGUGGCUCGGCCUGCUAUAGCUCGCCCUGCUGUGUCUCGGCCUACUGUGGCACAGCCAUCUAUAGCUCGCCCUACUGUGGCUCAGCCAGCUAUAGCUCAGCCUGCUGUCGUUCAGCCUGCUGUAGCUCACCAGGUGCCAAGUGGUACCUCGCAAGCUUCAACCAAGAUGAGGUGUGCAGUUUGCAAACGAAUGAUCGACUCGUUCGAGAUGCUUGAGCAGCAUUGGUGUGAGUGGACACUCACGUUGAUGAACCCCAAGACCAUAGAAAGAAUGGGCAGCAUUACAGAUCAACCACAAUCAAUGGAUUCGUCUCUGUCGUCGGAAACGAGCAGCAGUGAUGCAAGCGUCCAUUCAACUGACACCAAUAACGUGAAGACAUACGGUCAUACAAAGCUACUGACGAUAAAAACGGAGCCUGUUGAGGUGAAUGUAACAAUGACUCAAACUGAUGUUUCUCAUAAGACUGUAAAACCCGAACCUGAACUGAUUGAUCAUGACAAUGGAGCGGGAAAGUCCCCAGCUGAAAUCAAAGGACUGUUUUACCAGAAGUGCAGUGCUUCCAAUACUAACAAUCUGAAGUAUUUGUUUAGUAACAUAUAGGGCCAAAGCUAUGGAUAAAAACUUGUUGGAAUUGUUCUUUACAUUUUUUGACUUGUUGUAGAGCAGGGGUCAUCGGUUCCUGUCCUGAAGGGCAGGUAUGCAGCACGAGUUGCAGAUUUCUACAUGUUCAUAUUUGUUUAAGUUUACCAGUUAAACAAACAUGAACUGAUGUGUAGAUUUGUCUGAUAUUUUAUAGUGUGUGUAUAUAUUGUACUUGUUUAGGAGACGCUGAUCUACUGCAUUAAAAAAAUCUGCACUGUUUUCAUUUGAACUGUAACCGCCUAGAAAUUAAUAUCACGUUUCUCUGGAAUGCUAAUACAAAUAGAUACCGUUCCAGUCUGUAUGUUAGUAAACGUUUGUUUAUCAGCAGCCAAAAUAAGAUGCUUGUUGAAUAUGUGGACAAAAGUAUUGGGACACUUCAUGAAUCGUUUGUCCUGACAUUAUGGAUGUUCAGAAUAGAUUAUCUUGCUAUGAUGGAGUGACUGUAGUCCUGUAGUACUGUUCUGAAAAUAUAUAUUUUUUUUUUAGAUUUUGGAGCGCUGCUGAGACGGUUUGGUGGCAUUUAGCAACAAAAGGGUUAGUUAUAGUCAUCACUUUACCUCAUCCUCUGCUCAUCUCAGAUUAAUCCCAAAAAUAUUGGAUGGAGCAGCAUCAUUUUAGAGAACAGUUUCAUGUUGGGCAUGGUUCCAGUGGGUUGAUGUUUAUAUGCUUCAGAGAGUCCAAUUCCAUCAGUAAUACAUUUCUGUGAAGACUAGGUAAACUGUACAUGUGCAUUUGCACGUCUGUGUCAGCUUAGCAUAGCUGAAUGCGUUCAUCUCAAAGGACAUCCACAAACAUUUGGACAUCAAUUCACAUAUUGACAAAUCUCUGCUGCUUAAAACCCGGUAAUUAGAGGACCCUUUGGACUUAAACAGCUUGCAUGUUCCUCUCUGCCGUAAAUAAAAUCCAAUUUGUAAUGGCCAAAACGUAAUUUCUCAACUAAUUUGUAAUCAAGGAGCGCAUUUAUAGACAUUUUGCGUAACGAAUAUUUCUGCAGUGUAGCUUUUAGAUGCAUGAAACGCAGGUGUCUUGUGCAUUUCACCACCACUAUGAAUCUUUCUGACCGUUUUACACAAAACCACCUAACUGUGUUUACAAGUUGGCUGUUUAAUUAUCACAAACUUUUGAAAAUUGUGUUUGACCGGAAUUGAUGACCCCUGUUGUAAACAGUUUGUUCUGUGAUUUUAAUUGAUAUGUGAUAUGACAUAUUUUAUGUUUUACUUGACAGUGUAUAUUUCAGACAUUUCUGGUUGUCUCAGACAUGGACAAAAAAAUUGGUCAGUUAUUUUGAGAAAUUCCAAUAAAUAUCUUCUUCAAUUCCCUA